GGAUGUUUAGCAUUUUAUACUGAAGCGACCCACGUCCUCUGUUUGUCUUCAGAGUAUAGUUCGUCGGCUUCUUAGCGGAUAAAAACUGAAAUUCAUACGUGAGGAAGGUUGAAGAGGACGAAGUCUCAGUGAUUUAAGGAUCAUGUUUCCAUGGAGUCAUUACUAACUCCCUUGAAACCAGGAGAAGUACUACUGACUUCACCUUAUUCUGAAGCUUUGAAUGAUUUGAUCAACUAUGACUCAGAACUUACCAAUACUCCCACUUUUCCAUCUUCAAGCCCCAGUCAAGGGACCACUCAUUUGGAUAUUAGCCACAAGUUACCAACUAAGCUCUCUAAAAACCCAAGUACUUAUGAAAAAGAACUUCGCACACUGGUUUUGAAUCUGUAUUCAGAUAAGAAGAGAACCACUGAGGUACCCAUGCCAUCAGUCGAGAUGCCAACUUCAGCACAGGACUCUGUGGUGCAGGGACCAAAUACUAAAGGGGCUCCAUGUAGGGUACCUCAGAAAGUGAAUGUCCCUCAGCCCCUUGAUAUGAUACAUUUGACAAUGCCUCAACAAGACUCUUUAGAAUCUAGGUCACUUGGAUAUUGUUCUCCAGAUACUGGUGUGAGUGAAUUCCAAGAGAAUGGCACACAGAAUCUUCAAGAGCUCCAGGGUUAUUUGGUCAACUUUCAGAGAAGCAAGAAAGAAUUUUCAUUCCGCCAUAACCUCUCCUUAGAUGAAAUGAAUUCACCAUGUGACGAUUCUGGGGUACAUCUCGAAUUUGCUGCGCCCUCCGAGACUGAUGUCUCCGAAAUAGAUGGUGUUACUGAUGGCAGAAACGGAUUAGCUGUGGAUAGUGGCAAGUUUUCGGACAUCAUGAUAGAGAGGCGAGGUCUAUCUUCAUCUGUUAAGGAGGAAGGUGUUGAAUGCAAAGGAAGUGCUUUUCUUGUUCCAGGUAUCGAAUUUAACUCCUCUGGGAAGCCUUGGCGUGAAUCUGUCACAAUGGGUCUGAAGUCUGAAGAGAUCAUUUUCAGUGGCGUUGACUUACCGAGAGGUGGCUCAGACCACGACGAGAGUGCGUACCUUGAAAUUACUGGUGAUGAGGUAAAAGAGAAGUCAUUGGUUGGAAAAGAUUAUGACGAAUUUGUUCUUCAACGUGCUGGUUUGGAAGGAAAGCUGCAGUCUUUACAAGAUGAAUUGGCUCAUGUUCUAGAGGACAGGAAGUCACUGCAGGUUAGAUUGCAAGCGGUAGAAACACAACUGCGAGAGGAGGUGCUCAAAGCGCGGGAUACUAACCCAGCUGCUGUGUCCCUAGUUGAGGAGCUGAAACGAAAUAAGUACGAGUUGGAAAAUCAGCUUGUCAAACUGCAGAACGCGUAUGAAGAAAAACAUGGCGGUCUAAAUGAGGCGCUGGAGCAGUUGAAGAGAUCCUGUGUUACCAUUCAAAAUCUUAAGCAGAAGCUGUCUUUAGUAGAGGGCGAAAUCAGUCAGCGGGAAGAAAUGGUGGGUUCAUUACAAAUUGAAAUGGAAAACCUAAAAAAACUGCUCGAAAAAGCCAAAGAGAGGAAUGAUAAAUUCAAGAAAGAGAAUAUGGAUUUGAAUGCACAGAUAGCAAGACUUAUGGAUGCCAAGGAAUGGCUUCAAAAACAGUUGGGUUUCGCUCAAGAAGCCCGCACAAAGUUACAGCUUGAAGUCAGUGAAUCUGAAACGACAGUUGCUGUUAAAAACCAACUUAUAGAGCAGCUGAGAUGCGAAGGCGCGAAAUCAAGUCGGGAACUCACUGAACUGCAACAGAGUUCACUCCUGGAGAAAGCGCAGAUUCUGAAGCACAUGGAGAAAGUAGAAGAGGACAUUACUCGACAAAACUUCGCCAUAAGGGAAGCAGAAAUUGAAAAACAGAAAAUGCAUAACGUUUUGGGAGCAAAAGUUGAUUCGCUUGUGAAUGAAAACAAGAAACUCCACGAGUUGAUGAGCUCCGCUGUAGAGAUCGAGAAGGAACUUGAUGCAGCGAAACAAGAUUUAAUUUCAAAACAAGCUUUACUUGAAACUAUAAUAAAAGAAAAAGAGGAAAUCAGGGAACAACUGAAGCUUGCACGUGAUUCCACCGAGGAGUACAAGCGAAAUCUUUACGAGUUGGAGUCAAAGUUCACUGAAACUAAACAAGAACUAAAACUCGCUCAAGACAAUAUUGGGGAAAAAGAAAGCCUCAUUGAAAAGCUGCAGGAAGAAAUAAAAAUUUUAAAAGAAAAUCUAGAAGUUGCCAAUAAAGAACGAGAAGCUUGUGACAAUGCUAUUCACACACUGAAGUUGGAUCUCGAGAAGGUUGAUCGCCGCUUCAAACUGAUGAAAAGAGAACUCACGUCCAAAACCAGUCAGCUGGAAGAAACAACACGACAGAAAGAUGUGUUCAUGGGUGACCUGUGCACACUGAGGGAGGGUUUGGAAAAUCAGGUUACUGUGGCUUGUACGUUGAAAGAAGAGUUGGCGCAGAAAGACGAGCUCGUUCAGCAAUUUCAAAAAGUAAAAGACGCCUUGGAAAAAGAGAUCGUUAGUUUGACGCAGAAGUUAGAAUGUUCGCUAGAAGAGAUUGCUCAAGUGGACAAGGAGAGGACGGAGAUCCAGAAACAACUUGAGAUGGCAAUAAGAGACAGUGUGCUUUUGGAAGAAAAGUUCCACAAUUCCCUGCUGGAACGAGCCAGAUUAGAAGGCGAACUGGAAACGACACGUCAGUCAGACCAGCUUGAGAGAGAUGCCCUGAAAAGUCAGAAUGCGUCGCUCAGAGACGAAAUCAAGACACAGAAAACACAGCUCCAGGCAGAAGUUACGAGAGAGCAUGAUAAAGUAAUAAAUCUUGAACAAGAGCUUCAAUACCUGACUGAUGAGAUUAUUAAAAAAGAAGGUAAACAUAACAAAGACUUACAGGCCUUUGCAGAAAAAUUACAAGAAAUGAAAAACAACAAGGAAAUGGCUGAACAAGAACUGAAAAAGCUUCAUGAUAAAACUGAAGAAAGUGUAGACAAGCUGAAAAAAAGUUACGAAGCAAAAUUGGAAAAAGUCAAAAGCGAUCUUGCGACUCUCCAACAGGAAAAAACUAAAAUGGCUCAAGAAUUUGAAUUAUCUCAGAAGAAAGUUACGAGUGAGCUUGGGAUCAAAGACAGAGAUCUGAGACAGAUGGGAAAAGAACUUUCAGUUUUGAAGAAGACGCUUAAAGAAAAGAACACAGAGCUAGAGAGAACGCAAUUUUGCGCGAUAGAACUUGAACGAGAAAAGGGUCGCCUGGCUGGAGUUUUAGCAAGUCAGAAGACCUUGCGAGAACACGUCGUUAAAAUUGAAGGUGAAAUAGCUGCUCGGGAAUCAGCCUUGCUUGAAGCGGCUAACGAGCUAGACAGAGUGAAAAUGGACAGAGAUUUACAAAUAAGGAUGGCAAAUGACAAGAUACAAAACCUGGAGGUUCAGUUGAAAACCAUGAGAGAAGAAAAGAACAACCUGCAAGACACUUUCAGAAAAGAAAGACAGGAAAAUAUUGCUUUGAAAAGUGAGGUCGAGGAAAGUUCAAAUGGCAUUGCAGAGUUGAUGAAGAAGCUGAGCGUGGCUGAAGCGGAAAUUAAACGGCUGCAAGGGAAGCUUGACAAUGAAAGCAGUGAGGCGAAGAGAUAUCGAUCUGAACUGGAGGGGUUAAAGGAAAGCUUUGCAGAAGAACAAACUGAACGUGAAAGUUUGCAAAAGAGAUUGGAAGCUUUGUUGGAACAAGAGAAGGCUAAGGAUAGGAUAGCAGAGAGCUUAGAAUGGGAAGUCACUCGGCGAACUAGAGAGGUGGACUACCUUAAGGAGCAGGUACGAGUCAUGGAGGAAAGGCAACAGUUGGAGAUGGAGAACUUGAAAACUGCCCUGCAAGUAUCUAGAAGCGAAACAACAUCGCUGUGUUCUGAGUUAUCAGAGUUGAGGAAAGUCAAAUGUACCUACCAAACGAAAACAUUUGAAUUGAAAGAUUCUCUUCUCUCCGUGAGACGAGCCACAGAGUCGCUAAAACAGCAAUUAUUCUUGAAGCGCCAGGAGUUGGAAUCCUUGGUAAAAGAUGUUUUGGCCUCUAGGAACCUUCCACAACUGCAAGAGGAUAUUACAAAGAAAAGGGAAACCAUGUUUGGUAAUGAGAAAACGCAAGAGGAGUUAGAUGUAGCUAGUUAUACGUCUGCUGCCGUUAACAUUAGGCCGAUUUCAAGUCUCCAAGAAUGCAUGUCUUCACUGAGGUCACAAAUCAGUAACCUACAGAAACAAAUGAACGAUCACACAGACUCUGUGCAAACGGCCACCACGACUUGGAGGUCGUUCAAGGAAAAUGUGCAUCAACUGCAAGCAAGUUGCAAUACACAAAGCAGCCAACAGCUGACAGCCGAGAAGGACACUUAAGCACUCUUUCGACAAAUUUCUGACUCCUAUUAAUCGGUAGUGAAUUAAAUAACAGAAAAAAAAAUAAUAAUCUAAAGAGCGCUCUCCAAGGCACCCUUUAAAUAACGUGUGCAAUGGAUUUACAAUUGUUUAAACAAGACUGAAAAAGUGUUUGAGAUACAUUUACGUACAGUAUUCCUUGAUGAAAGCUGACGGUUACUUCCUAGGCUUUUUAAGAUAUUAUCUUACUAUUUGUUGAUGAAAUUUCACCAAACAGACCUGAGUGUAAAGAAAGCAUUAAAGCAAGUUGAACGGUUAGGAGGUGUUUGAGAGAAAAACAACUCCAUUUGCUAUCAGAUAAACAAUGAAAAGGCAUUAUUUUAUUUCAUUGUGUAAUAUUAAUUUUCAUAUUUGAUCUUUGUAAAAUAAAUAUCAUGGAAUUAUUUUUUUUUUGUCUCGUUAGUCUACAAUUAAAUAGCAGAUAAACUUUAAUAAAUAAAAAUGAAUUUCAAUACAUUA